UGCUCUCUGGUAUAAAGUCUUCUCUGUCUUUGCCUGUUCUGCUUGAGUGGCUGACUUCAUGUAUCAAUUUACACAGUGGUUGGCUCUUUUAGGCCGCCCCCCGACAUUUAACUUUAGUUAUUGUUAGCAGCGCGACGACAACGGUACAAUUUAUAGAAAGGAGCGGGCGAAUGUACUAAAAUAAAAACACGUCUUGUGGCUAUACAAUAUUCAGAUGGACGGGCAUAUGGCGUUUAGGCAAGCUCCCCUGCUGCUAGUCAUACUCUUCGCCUUGGUAACGGGCACCUUUUGGGCUUCAGUUGCGGCGAGAACAGGACCUGCUCAUGACAAAGUGGUUGUUUGCUAUAUAUCCACCUGGGCUGUCUAUCGACCUGGACAAGGUGCAUAUUCAAUUGAGAACUUCGAUCCAAGCCUUUGCACACAUGUUGUUUACGCCUUUGCAGGCUUGGACAUUACACAAGCCGCCAUUAAAUCAUUGGAUCCUUGGCAGGAUUUGAAAGAGGAGUACGGCAAGGGUGGCUACGAACGCUUGACAGCAUUAAAACGUAGUCAUCCACACUUAAAGGUCAGCUUGGCUAUCGGUGGCUGGAAUGAGGGUUCCAAGAACUACUCCACUUUGGUGUCCAAUGUGGAGCAGCGUCAGUACUUUGCCAAGCAGGUGUCUGCCUUUGUACGCAAAUAUAAUUUUGAUGGUUUGGAUCUGGAUUGGGAGUAUCCAACACAGCGUGGCGGACGUCCACAGGAUCGCGAAAACUUUGUGGCGUUGACCAAAGACUUAAGGGAGGAGUUUGACAAUAAUGGCUUGCUCUUGACCUCCGCCAUUGGUGCUGCCAAACAUGUUAUUGAUAAAGCUUACGAUGUACGCCAGAUCUCGCGUUAUCUGGACUAUCUGCAUAUAAUGUGCUAUGAUUAUCAUGGCAGCUGGGAUCAAAAGAUUGGAAACAACGCUCCCUUGACAUCGUCCGCUGUGGAUCCUUUGAGUGUGCAAUAUAGCAUUGACUAUCUGCUGCAGCUGGGUGCACCGCCCUCAAAGCUGGUCCUUGGUCUACCUUUCUAUGGACGUACUUUCAAGACAGUAUCCCAGGGAAAUCUUAAUGAUGCUAGCGAUGGCGUUGGCUUUCGCGGUCCUUAUACACGCGAAGAUGGCUUUCUGGGCUACAAUGAGAUUUGCAACAUAUUGAGCAACAAAACAUCUGGUUGGUCCAAGCAGUGGGAUGCGGAAACAAGUCAGAUGCUAGCGCGUUCUGAGCGCAAUGUCUUCACCCAGGAUGUCAGCGUUGUGACCUUUGACAGCUCACGCUCCAUUGCCAACAAGGUCAAGUUUGCCAUGAAAAAGCGUUUGGCGGGUGUCAUGGUCUGGUCUGUGGACACCGAUGACUUUCUGGGUAACUGCGAACUGGAUGAGGACACUUAUGCCGAUUUCAGACUAGUCACGUCAGCUCCCAGGCGCCUCAAUCACAAUUAUCCGCUCUUGCGCACCAUUAAUGAGGCCACAUCACUGGCAUUAGAAGAACUAGCUGCUGACGAGGUGGUGGUACCAGAUGACUCUGAGAAUGAGAUACCACAUGGCAGCAUAGCUGAUCGCAAGAAUGCUGCUACGAGCAUUGUUAGCUUAGGUCUAACCGCCAGUUUUCUAUAUACGAUCUUGCAUAGUUUUACAAAUUGAUCAGCCAUAGUUAUUAAUUAUUAAUUGUAUGUUUGUAUGUUUGUUUUCCUAAGCUGUUCCUGCAGCAAUUUUAAGUUGUGCAUAAUAAAAGUCCAAAUUUAAUUAUA